AUGUCUCGGCGUGGGCAGGCCAGGGAGGAUCAGUACGUUGGUCCUUACCGCUUGGAGAAAACGCUUGGUAAAGGACAAACUGGUGUUCACUGCAUAAGUGGUCGGAAAGUUGCUGUCAAGAUUGUUAAUCGUGAAAAACUAAGUGAUAACGUUCUACAGAAAGUUGAACGUGAAAUCGCAAUCAUGAAGCUAAUCGAACACCCUCAUGUCCUCGGUCUUCACAGGGAUCUAAAACCGGAGAACCUUCUACUGGAUGAUAAACUAAACAUUCGAGUUGCUGAUUUCGGAAUGGCUUCAUUGCAACCAGAAGGAUCGCUGCUAGAGACGAGUUGUGGGUGA